GGCUCCGGGAGCAAGCGUCUGUCUCUUUAAAUGCCAGGGGCUGCGCUCCCGCCCGGGGAGCCCGGAGCCGGAUCUACAAUCCCGUCCCUCCCGCUCCGGCGCUUGUUGCUCGCCGGGUCCGAGCCGGAGCUGCCGCCGCCGGGCAGCCUGGCUGCUUCCUUCUCCGCCUUCUCGCGUCCCAUCUACCCCCGAGAGCAGGUUGAGGGGGAACAGGAGUCCCUGCAGGAGGGAGGGGGUCGGUGUAAACAGGUAUUGCCCCCCACCUUCAUAUCUUGGGGCGCUACGUACCCGCGGGGGCAAGACAUGCGUCGCUUCCCGCUGCCCAGCCUCGCUGCCACCCGCGCCUGGAGAGGAGGGAUUGCGGAUCCCAUACCUGCAAACUCACCCUAGAAGUCUCAAGGUGCGGUUGGGGGGGAGGGAGGGGUAAACUCCCCAAGGCCUCCACCUCUCUGCGGGUGAGUUUUCGCAGGUAACCCGAAGCCCUAGGGCAGGCGCGCGGGGGAGGGGCGGGCGAGACGGGUGGAGAGAGCGCCGCAGGUGAGCCAGGUAGGGUGGUUCACCUGCCCCGGACGAUCUGCGGGAUCCUCGCCGGUUUCCCCGAGGAUGGAGGCCUGGGGGGCGUCUCAGGGGCUAAGUUAGGGCCCAGGGGUGAAAAGAGGAUGAAGAAAAGGGGGAUUGGAGUAAAGUUUCUCGUCUUUACUCCCUCCUGCCUGGGCUCGGCAGGUAGGGCGCCGGCGGAAGCUGUUGGAGCUGCUGAUGCAAUGGGCUUUUGCCCGGGCGAGGUGAAGUGCUGGGGGCGGGGUAGAGCUAGAGUUGCCCGGCCUCGCGUGACCGUGACCCUAGAAGUGGAGAAAUGAGGGAAGGCUCGCCGCAACCGAGCCUCCCCGUAAAAUGGCUCCAGCUGCUGGGCCCCCAGCCAUUCUUCCUUCUCUUAAGAAAUCGUCCCUUUCACGGAGGGUCCUACAUGGCUUCCUUGCUUUCCUCUUCCAACAGGUGGCCUCAGCCCCUGUCCGGGGACCCGUGCCAAUGACCCUAGUGGUGGUUUCGCUUUCUCCCCUCUCGGCUGUGUGAACGUGUAUCCGCAGCGUGAUGGGCAACCAGGUGGAGAAACUGACCCACCUAAGUUAUAAGGAAGUUCCCACGGCCGACCCGACUGGCGUGGACCGUGACGACGGGCCUCGCAUCGGGGUCUCCUACAUUUUCUCCAACGACGAUGAGGACGUGGAGCCGCAGCCGCCGCCCCAGGGGCCGGAUGGCGGCGGCGGCGACGGCUUGCCCGACGGCGGCGACGGACCGCCACUGCCGCCGCCGCAGCCGUACGACCCGCGGCUGCACGAAGUGGAGUGUUCCGUGUUCUACCGCGACGAGUGCAUCUACCAGAAGAGCUUCUCGCCGGGCUCCGCGGCGCUGAGCACCUACACGCCCGAGAACCUGCUCAACAAGUGCAGGCCUGGCGACCUGGUGGAGUUCGUGUCGCAGGCGCAGUACCCGCACUGGGCUGUAUACGUGGGCAACUUCCAGGUGGUGCACUUGCACCGGCUGGAAGUGAGCAACAGCUUCCUGACCGACGCGAGCCAGGGCCGGCGCGGCCGCGUGGUGAACGACCUGUACCGCUACAAGCCACUAAGCCCGGGCGCCGUGGUGCGCAACGCGCUGGCACACGUGGGCGCCAAGGAGCGCGAGCUGAGCUGGCGCAACUCCGAGAGUUUCGCCGCCUGGUGCCGCUACGGCAAGCGCGAGUUCAAGAUUGGCGGCGAGCUGCGCAUCGGCAAGCAGCCCUACCGGCUGCAGAUCCAGCUCUCGGCGCAGCGCAGCCACACGCUCGAGUUCCAGAGCCUGGAGGACCUGAUCAUGGAGAAACGGCGCAACGACCAGAUCGGGCGCGCGGCGGUGCUGCAGGAGCUCGCCAUGCACCUACAUCCGGCCGAGCCGGACGAGGGCGACAGCGAUGCGGCGCGGACUACGCCGCCUCCGGGGCGCCCCCCUGCGCCCGGACGGGAGGAAGAGGCCCGAGAGGCGGCGGUGCACUGAGGCGCGAGCCGAGGGCUGAGCCUUGAGAGGGAGCCGUUCGCCGCGGCCGCCACCCCCUCCCUCCUCUCACUCCCUCCUCCAGCACCUUCGGGGCCCCAUCUGGGCUCCUGGGCCCUUUGGGAAAAGGAGAGGUGGCGAAUUGCGCAGCCAGCUGUGGCUUGAGCUUUUAUCUUGGACGGAGGAGGAAGAGGGAGCAGAAAUUCCAACCAGAAGACAAGAACUUCAAAGCUGGACUCCAGCCCUCUUUUGGAGCAAGCAGCAGCAUCUCAGGCAAAGUGAAGGGAGUGGCUUCAGUCUUGUUCCUGGGAGAAGACAUGCCCUUCAGGAUUGUGGGUGAUCAUCUCCCAUGCUUGGAUGCUCCGUCUCAGACGGCGGUGUUUGGCAGAAAUCAGUGAUUUUUCAGAAUGUCGGAAGGUGCCUACAGCUGGCACUAGUGUAUUUUGUCUCUUCAAAGCGCCUAUGAACAGUCCUUUGCUUUUCCAGACACGAGUAAGCUUAGGAAUGCUUUGCUUCACUCUAGGUCAGGCUGCCUGUAGAUAUAGACCCUUUCCUCUGCUGCCUUAUCGCUAGUUGCAUUAAAUACAGUAGAUGACAAGAGUUUAUUAAUACUGUACUAUAGUCAACAUCCGUGCGAGCACAUAAAAUGGCUCCCAUGCAGAAAAAGAUUGAAAAGAAACACAGUAAGAAAAAGGAGAUGAUUACAGUGGAAGUUAAGAAGGAAAUCAUCGAGAAGUAUGAACGAGGUAUGCAAGCCGUCGAAAUUGCAAGAUUUCACAAGAAGUCUACAUCUACCUCUCGUCUGCAGAGGAGGAGGAGAGAAAGGUGGAGGAAUCCCUCACUUCAAAUAAGAUUAGGGAGAUGUGUAAAAUUUGGGAACCUGCAAAAUUUUGUGGAAAAGCACCACCUGAAUAAGGCUGUAGCAGGGCAAGCGAUGAAUGUUUAACGACAACGUGAUGUCACAUUUGCACAAAGUCCUCAAAAGGAGGCAAAUGCAAGUGUCACUGGACAGUUGCCUUGUUAAAGUUGAACGAAGAGAAAAGGAUUCCAUCGAGCCAAUAGAUAGCAGUGAUUCCGUUACUGAUAGUGAAAAUUGUCCUACACAAUAACCCUCCUCUCUCUUGUCUCCUUCACACCCGCACAAAGGUUUUCAAAGUUUGCGAUGAAUCAUCACCUCCAUGUUAAAGGUGAAGAAAGUGACAUGGGACAUGAUGGGACUGGCCAACUAAUCAUCCUAAGUGAUGUGGCCUCUGGAAGGGGCAGUUCUGUCAGACGGCAGUCUGUCCCCGAUGUUGGCAGAAGGCUGACAGGUCUGGCUGCAGGAGACCCUGAGUACUCACUGCUGUCCAUCAAGCAAGGGAAAGGCCCACCUCACAUGUCCAGACGGGGCUGGAUGUUGUCAAAUUCCUCGAGGCUGUCAGUCUCCUUUUCUCCAGCCUGGCGACAGGUGUCCUGACAGAGCCCAGUUACCAAAGGCAGUCACCGACUGCUUGCAUGCCUUCCAGAGGAGCUGGUGUUCCAGCAUCAAAGACUGAGGCUUGUGCAUUGAGGUAACGAGCUGCUCCCAGGCAGGGACUGACUCACUUAUUUACCAGACUUUCUCCUUUUCCUCGACAAUAGUGCCAGCCCUUAAGAGCUGCUCAGUAAAUGUCUUUUGAAUGGACUAAGGCACAAGCAUCUGGUGCUUUCAAUGCUAUCGGCUUUAAUAAACACCAUUGAGUGGCAUCUUGUGAAGAUUAGCUAAAACAACCUGGCAGCAUCAGCGGGUAGUUAUUUUGGUCCCCAUUUUAUUUAGGAGGAAUCUGCAAGAAGUUAAGUAACUUGCUCAAGAGGCACAAAACUUGUUAAUGGCAGAGUCGGGAUCUGAACUCUGGUCUGUCCAUUUCCACACCGCGGGGAGUUUGGUGCACGUCACUGAGAAGCACUGUGGCACUGAUACCGUGCAAAGAGCCGUGGUAACACAGAAGUCUCCGCUUAUUCUGCCUGGUAGAAUGACGACAGCCUUCACAGAGGAAAUACUGCAAGUUUUGUGAGCUGAAUAUUGAGAUGCGUUCUGCAAUGUGGAGAAGGGCCGGGGGGCAUUCAAGUCAGAGCUGCAUUUGCAAAAGGCAGAGCAUGGGUAGGAAGAAGCGAGACUAUGCAGCAGCACACAGGGAACAGGUUCUAAGUCAGGCAGGUAAGAGGAUGGGGGAUGAUGUGCUCAGGCAAGUUAGAGUCAGAGUAUAGGUGAGGCACGAUUCUAUCCAACUUGGACAGCUUCCAGAGAAUUCUAUAAUAAGCCAGCUGCAUGGCCGGAAUGUGCACUUGUCUUUGCAGAGUUUGGCAGUGGAGAAAAAUCUUCUGGGGAAUAGUUCUCCUGGAAGGGAGACCCCUCCCUUCCCCCCACCUUCUUUGCCACCAGUACAGCAAACGUGUGACCUCCAGCAGUGUACCUUCCAGAAGAAAGUACUAGUUAAAUUCUCUUAAGGAACUUAGGCAAUCAAUCGGACCCUUAAGGUCUUUGGGUUUCCUGCUUAUAAAGGUUCUGUCUUUGAUGCCCUCAUUGCUGGUAGCGGCUGCAUGGUUUGUGGAAGUUAAUGUCCCUUUUCUCAUCUCUGCAGAUUGAGGACACCACAAAAGAACGCUGCGGGGCGUACAGCCACAAACUUGACAUUUCUAGCUCCAGAUCUGCACAGGCAAUGGCUGUGCUGCAGGGACUGUCCCCUGUGCCUACUCCCUGGUCAUCUGAGUGGAUCUGUAUUGCUGUUUGGAAAUAUCAGCCUCUGUUGCACAUCUUGCAACCAGCUGGCCGGAGUGGGAGGUGGAGUCCCUUGCUAUGAAACAGAGCUUUACUUUGCUGAUAACGUGUGUCCGUAAUGUAUUGAAGGUAACUCAGAAAUGCUGUGAGCCCAAACUUCAUUUUAUGGAGGAAAAUAACUGAGGCUCAGAGACGUGGAGUGUCACGCUCAGGGUCACCCAGCAGCCCUGCCUUGUCCUAUGCAGUAGCCACUCCCCUCCUGUGCCCACGAAGCCCUUGAAAUGGGGCCAGUCUGACCGGAGUGUGCUUUCAGUGUAAAUACACACAGGAUUUCAUUGAUUCCGUAGGAACGUAAGUAUCUCAUUGAUAUUUUUUACAUUGAUUAUAUGUUGAAAUGAUGACAUUUUGGAAA